AUGUAUCAGAGAAUGAUGGACUUUGGUUCCGUUUUCGCAGGCUCUCUUCCCAUUGAUCGCAAGUUCCCUACGCUUGCAAUGACCGGAGAGGGUGAUAGCAAGCUUCUUGUUCCGGCACUCCUGAAUGAGUUGCUCGAUGGUGGAAUAGUGAAGACGGAGUUGGUAGCUGAGCUGAGCCCUGCCAACUUCGUCAAGGAUGGUGACAGCAGCUCAGUGGAGCUCCAUCCACGUAAAAACAUCAACAGCAAGCUAGAGGAAGCGAAAGAAGCCUAG